AUGUCGACUAGGAUUGUUGUUGUGGAUGACACCAAUCCCAACAUCACCUAUGCCGGGAGCUGGUUCCAAGACCGAGGGAGCAAAGACUCACUAGGGACUUACGGAGCUCCGUACCAGAGCACGCUGCAUGGGACCACCACCAACGGCUCGAGCUUUUCGUUUGCUUUCAAUGCCAACAAUUCUGGAGUGAUAGACCCACAGUGGGAGUGUUUUAUUGACGGCAGCAAGAUUCCGACGUACCCACCAAGUACAACCCCGACGAAUCACUGGACGUUGUGUGGAUUCACGUUCGCCGCCGGCCCACAUGUACUCACAGUAAAUGCGACUGUGAGGGACCAGACGUUCUGGCUCGAUUCGAUCCAGUAUACCUCUUCGGGCGAAUCCACAGCCAACCAGUCUAUCCUUAUCGACGAACGAGAUGCGGAAUUCCGGGCUGGGCUACCUGAAGACAUGUGGCAAUUCACGUCUGGGGUUGGGUACGCCUCGCAAGUGCCCAACGCAGCUUUUACGUUCAACUUUUCUGGAACCUCACUAGAGUACUAUGGAUUCAUACCAGACAAUUACCCGCGCGUUGACGCGACAGCAACUUGGGCUAUCGAUGGCGGAACUCCCCAGGAAUUUGCAUUGAAGGCUACACCACCCGGCACCCCACUUCAUCGCUUCGAGAAGUUAUUCCAGACCGACGUUUAUCCAGUUGGCGACCACACGCUUCAGGUGCUCUAUCAAGGUGACUCCACGAAAACUCCCUUGACCCUCACCAAUGUCAUUGUCGGGAAUGGAACAACGACAACCUCGACCGGUAUACCCUCGGGCUCGUCUACUGGAGCAGGGCCGACAGGCACCAGCGGAGUCUCUGGAGCGGCGACAUCAGGCAAAUCCACCAACCUUGGUUCUAUCCUCGGAGGAGUUCUGGGCGGGUUGGCCUUCAUCGUCGUCGUCGCUCUCUUUUUCUGGUUUCGACAUCUACGGCGUCACAGUUCAGAACCUCAGGAAAAACCCAAUACGACGGUGGUCCAACCAUUUGAACCAAUGUCGCCGCCUACUGCUGGCAUAAAUUCCGCCGCCAUUACAGCACCCUCGCCUUUUGCUCCUUCCGUUAGCAUGAAAGGCCAGCUGAGUCUUGCGACAAGCGAGCCCGACUUCAGUCGAACGAUAGCUGUUACGUCUCUUCAGUCGGCCCAGACAGCAAUCAGUCCAUCAGCACCUUCGUCGUCGCCUACACCUGCACAUGUCACGGACAACAUUCGUAACGAAUCCAGCGAUCCAAGAGUUAUCGUCGUUCAUGCCGAUAGCGGGGUUCGUUUGUCCCAAAUGAUACCACCACACGCACGAGUGGAGGAGGUUCCUCCUACAUACAGUGCCUAG